GGGCAAGUGUGGUCAGGCAUCAACCAGGGCCAAUAGAGGGGCCCCUCCAUUCACUAUCAUGACUUGUCGUGUGCUUUUGAACCCUUCCCAGCUGCCCCUCACCUGCCUACCUAUUUAUUACGACUGAAGGAGAGCUUUCUUCUUCUCUUCUAUAAGGCGUGGUUCUUUCGUAUCCUUCACCUUCAGACUUCUCUUGCCUACCUAGGUUCCCAUUUUCCAACAUCAUCAUCCACCCUUGCCGCGCUUCGCUUGAAAUAUCUUGCGUGUCAGAGUCAAAAACGACCCCUCCUUCAACCCCACCUCAACCCAAGACACUUUCCCACCAUGACUGGUCGUGCCCCUGGAGCGAACUCUCGCGGUCGCGGCGGCAAGUUUAAGAAGUUUACUCGAGGAGGUGGCAAACACUUCUCCCGUGACCUCCGCCCCCUCGACGCCGAUGGUAACGAGGUCAGCAUGUGGAGCGAAGAUGCUCAGAAGAAGAAGGACGGCUCUGACUCGGAAGAAGACGAGGACGAAGAUGAGUCGGAGGAAGAGUCUGAUGACGGGGGAGCCUCGGGCGCGGCUGCCGAGCUGAGCCGUGAGGAGCGCAAGCGCGAGAAGAAGGCACGCAAGGAGGCCGCCAUCGCCAGGGCCAAGGCCCAGACCGUCCAGGUCGGCGAUCUCCCGCCCAGUGAUUCCGAGGAGGACAGUGACGAUGACAUGCCCGCCAACCCGAACCACUCCAAGGCGGCGCGUAACCAGGCUAGGCAACCUCUGGAGGAGGUCACCGAGGCUGUCAAGGGCCUUGCCGUCACCUCCGGCACGCCCAGCAGGCGUGAGCGUGAGUCUCUCGAAGCCCAGCAGGCCAAGGAGAGAUACCGCAUGCUGCACGAGCAGGGCAAGACGGACGAGGCCAAGGCCGACCUGGCCCGGUUGAAGGUCAUUCGAGAGAAGCGAGAGGCCGAGAAUGCUCGGAAACAGGCCGAGAAAGAAGCCCGAGAAGCCCAGGAGCAGGCGAGAAAGACGGAACUAGAGGCAAAGGAGGCCAAGAAGCGCGAGGCUGCCAUGGGUCCUAAGGGCAAGAAGACCAAGAAAUGAGCUUCUCCGUUCUGGAUAGAUCCUGCAUAUACGGUCGACAUAGGCAUAGCAUCUCCUCACAGUAUUCAUUUGGCACUUCUUCCUGCCGUUGGCCCAUUUCAAUUGUCC